AUGAGGACUCAUACGGGGGAAAAGCCCUUCAAGUGCUCCUACUGCAACAAGGACUUCAGCCAGAAGGGUCAUUUAAAGGAGCACUGGAGAUUACACACUGGCGAGAAAACUUUCUCAUGUUCAUAUUGUGGAAAGAAAUUCAUCCAGAAAAGUUCUCUGAACCAGCAUGAGAAACUUCAUAGAAAUGAGAAGCCUUAUGUCUGCACACUUUGUGAUAAACGGUUCAGCCAAAAUUGUCAUUUGAAACUCCACAUCAGAGUUAUACUGGUGAAAGGCCUUAUCAUUGCGAUCUUUGUGAAAAGAAGUUUGCUGCCAGGUCAGAUUAACAAGCAUCUAAAAAUUCACACAGGCGAAGGCCAUUUUCAUGUUCGUUUUGUGAAAGAAGUUUAUUGGAAAGCAGAAUUAACAAGUCAUAUGAAAAGUCACAUGAACAAGAAAAGAAUGCAAUGUUCACUCUGUGAUAAGAGUUUUACUACGGAGACUGCACUGGCUCAUCAUAUGGAGUUGCUGCAUAUGGAAGAUGGCAGUCCAAAUUGUACUAGCAGUUUUUUGCCUUUGUUGCGAGCACAAGUAAUCAUCUCGACAAUGAGUCUAUUAACGGGGAACACGACCUGUUAG